CCUCAAACUUCCUAACCCGACAGCACAUUCGUUGACAACGCUCAUUCCCGCUAUCGCAAACCAUCCGCCUCUUUACUACUCAACACAAACCACUCUAUUUACAAAGUGUUUCGCUUUCCACAGCCAUGAAUAUCCUAGAAUGGGCCUUCGGCAAACGCAUAACGCCCGCCGAGCGUCUGCGCAAGAACCAGCGAAUGAUCGACAAGGCAAUCCGAGAACUAGAUCAAGUACGAGUCAAACUAGAGAAACAAGAGAAAACUCUGGUCGGUCAGAUUAAACAGAGCGCGCAGAAGGGGCAGAUGGGAGCAGCUAAGAUCCAGGCAAAGGAUCUCGUACGUACGAGAAGAUACAUCGAGAAGUUUUACGGAAUGAGAAGUCAACUACAAAAGAUAUCCUUACGAUUACAGACCCACCGAACCAACGAGCAGAUGAUGCAAGCCAUGAAAGGAGCUACGGUCGCUUUAGGCAGCAUGAACCGGUCGAUGAACUUACCCGCAUUACAACGCAUCGCUAUGGAAUUCGAACGAGAGACUGCAAUCAUGGACGAGCGACAAGAAAUGAUGGAUGAUGCGAUCGACGAUGCUAUGGACGUGGGUAUUGAAGAGGAAGGCGACGAAGUCGUAGAACAAGUCCUGGAGGAGAUCGGUGUUGACCUUAACCAAGCUUUCGGCGAGACACCGACGGGUCUUCAAUCCGAAAAAGUUGCCGACGGUCGGGUUGCCCAAGCCAUUGGUGGCCCUAGUGGCGGCGGUGGGGGAGACCCGGGAGACGAUGAUCUUCAAGCCCGCCUCGAUAGCCUAAGGAAGUAGGCUUGGGUUAUAACUAGAGUUGCGACUGCGUUGACAAGGGGUUUGCUAAGACUGGAUUGAAAUCAUUACAGAACAAUUGCGUGU